AUGGCUCCUCCCGACGCGCGUAAGAACUUCGUCCAAACCUUGAGAGAGGUGGCUGAGAAGCAUGGCCUGGACUUCUCCAGCUUUUCCCACGACUGGAUCCUGCAGCUUCGGGACAAGGCAACAGGACAGCAAUGCUCCGUCUUUGGCUACACCUUUGAUUCCAACCCUGCUGCAGCCGUGGAGAUAUGCAAAGAGAAGGCCGCAACCUCCUUGGUGCUCAACGGCAGUGGGGUUGCUAACGUGCCACAUCAUGUCUUCCUGAGCCCCUCGAAUCCCUUCACGGCGAAGUAUGUUUCAAAGAAUGGGAUCUGGGAACCAGUUCAGGAGGUGGUGAAGAAGUACGGUUUCCCUGUGGUGGUCAAGCCGCUGAAGGGUACCGGUGGUUUGGAUGUGAUGAAGGCCACCUGCUGGCGAGAAGUCGAGGCGGCGGUGCAGCACAUCUUCUCUAGGGAAUAUGGCUUAGCGGUGUGUCCGUACAAGCAUGUGGUGGACGAAUACAGAUGCAUUUGUGUUGGCACCGAGGUGCAGCUGACGUAUCGAAAGGUGAGGAGCUCCGUGCUGGGUGAUGGAGAAAGGUCCGUGGGAGCACUGCUGGCUGAAAGGCUUCAAAAUGCCAAACCAGAGGAAAUGGCUGCCCUCCUGGCGGAUGCUGCUGAGCUCCGGCCAGAGGAGCUUGGAUCGGUCCCUGCGAAGGGGCAAGAUGCAGCACUGCAGUGGAAGCACAACCUGGGGCAUGGUGCCUCUGUCGAUUUGAAGGUGGAGGCUGAAAUGGCCAAGAAUCUGGCAGAGGUGGCGGUUCGAGCAGUAAAGGCCAUUGGGAUGAGCUUCUGCAGUGUGGACAUCAUCGAUGUGAAAGACGAGGGGCUGCUGAUCAUGGAGGUGAAUGGAGGAGUAAUGAUGGAUUCACUGAUGUCGCAGCUGGGAGAGUCUGGCAAGGCUUUAGCCUUUGGUCUUUAUGAGAAGGCAGUGCUAAAGGCGUUGGGUCGUUCUGUCCCGGCGUGA